AUGGCCGGCCCAAUAAUGAGCGCGACCUACACGAUCCGCUACGCUACCCAGUCAGACGUCGCCAUCGUUCUGUCACUUCUGCGCGAGCUCGCCGAGUAUGAGAAGGAGCUUUCUUCCUGCAAAACGACCGAAGAGAUGCUCCUCAGUACUUUAUCCUUUCCAAUUAACCCAUCUGCCUCGACAUCAUCCUCACCUACCCCAAUACAAUUCACAAAAGGGUAUGCACGCACUCUCCUCAUCUCGCCUAACGAUGCGGUAGACACGAUCGUGGGCAUCGCAGUCUAUUUCCCAAAUUACAGCACCUGGACGGGUCCUGGUAUCUACAUUGAAGACAUGAUCAUUACCGCAUCACAGCGUGGGAAGGGGUAUGGUAAAGCACUUCUGUCGGCCGUGGCAAGGGAAGUGGGUGGUGCUGCAGGUGUGAAGGGCGUCAAUGAGUAUGGUAUGGGACGGUUGCAGUGGUCGGUGCUCAAAUGGAACAACCCGAGCAUCGACUUGUUUUUGUCUGAUAACGUUGGUGCGUUUCUCAAAGAUGAAUAUUUAGCAUGUCAAGUUGAUGGGGAGAAGUUGGCGAGGCUGGCGGGCAGAUGGUGA